AUGAAAGAAGUUGAAUCAGUUGCUAGUUUCUUCUCAAGAUUAAUGUUAAUCACGAACCAAAUGAAGACGUGUGGCGAAUCAAUCAAUGAUUUAGAGAAGAUUGAGAUAGUAAUGAGAUCUCUGACUGCAAAUUUUUAUUACAUUGUAGUGUUUAUUGAAGAGUCCAAGAACCUAGCUAAGAUGAAGUUGGAUGAACUCCAAGCUUCAUCAGAGGCUCAUAAUAUGAGGCUGGAGCAGAGGAACUCAGAAAGGGAGAAGGUGGCUGAACAGGAAUUGCAAGCAAGAUUCAUCAAGAAAUCUGGAAAAGAGAAGGCGAAACAAGGAAAGAAUAUUGCUAAUGAUUAUAAGUCAAGCAAGAAUUCAAAGAAUUACUCUGAUUUGAUCAAGAAAGGCAUGGACAACAAGUAUUUGGGGAAGAAAGUUGACAUGGAGGAGGUUCAAUGUCACAACUGUCAAGGAUUUGGUCAUUAUGCUCGAGACUGUCGAAGAAAGAAGGUAGUAAGAGCAAAAGAUAAUGAUGAAGCUCAGUAUGCACAUGUUGGAGAUAGUGAUUCUGAUGAUGUGCUACUAAUGCCAAAUACUCAGUCGAGUAAUGAGCAAAUAAACAUGUGGUACCUAGACUUAGGAUGUAGCAAACAUAUGGCUGGUAAUAAAACAUGGUUCACCAAGUUAGAUGAAUCAGUCAAGAAAGUGAUCAAGUUUGUAGAUGGCCGACACAUCACAUCAGAUGGAAAAGGAAACAUAUAUGGGUACAACAUAAAGCUAGAAAAGAAGCAGAUGAAGGUGUAUGAUGGGGAUGAAAUAUUGAUUCUGAAAGCACCAUUAGGAGACAACAAGGCCUUGCAAAAGAUUUAUGGCAUCCUCCUCUUCUAG